ACUUGGGCUACUCUCGUCGUUACACUCCGUAGCACGUAUCGGCGGGUUUGGAGCUCUAGGAUAUGGAUCGCCCGGCAAACAAAUUGUCCGCCCCUUACGGGCAUGCAUGCUCAAACUGUGUAAAAGCUAAAUGUAAAUGUGUACCUCGCCAAGGUGGCGGUUGCGAAAGAUGUAAUCGUCUCAGCAAGGAAUGCCAGCCGGCAACGUUUGUUCGCAAGACGGGGUCACAAAAGACCGCUCGCAAAUCACAACUGGAAGAUAAACUGGAUAGCCUUGUUACGUUGCUGCAGGCACAGCAAGCGCCUGCACCGUCUUUGACGCCUUCACCUUCCGUGUCAACGACGCAGGCCGAGGUGAACGCAAUAUGCUUACAAAACCCACACUUGCUACCAACUAGCCAAGGUCCAAUACCAUUUCCAUCUGAACGACCACCAAAGGAGAUAUUGUCACAAUUCCGCUCGCGGUACCUUGAGCAGUUCCCAUUCUUUCACGUUCUUGACCUUACGGCCAACAAUUUUGUGCGGGAGCGUCCCAAUACGUACAGGGCUAUUCAGGUAAUCUGCGAAAAGUCACGCGCGCGACAGAAUGAGUAUGGACCCCGUGUUCGCGAAGAGCUCAUUCUUCGCGUUGUAACUAAUGGCGAGCGGAGUAUCGAUUUACUGUUAUGCUUGCUUGUAUGCUUGACAUGGCAAGUCUACUUUACUCCGUCGAGGCGAGGCGGCAUGGGAAUGUUUCUCAACGUCACAAAACACGUCAUCUCAGACCUCGGAUUCAAUCGACCAACCGACCUUGUCAUGGCCUGUCCAAAGCCUCCUGUAAUCGUAGGCCAACUGCCAGAUCAACAUGAAUCACACAACGAUGAAGAACGCCGUGCACUAAUCGCAUGCUUCGCGCUUUCCGCCAUGACCGCGCUUGCGAUAAAAGCAGAGCCUAUGCGUUGGUCUUCGCGCAUAGCAAGGGCCUGCGACAAUCUCUCGCAGAAUCUCGACAACACGGGCGACAUUGUUCUCGUAGCUAUGGCCCGUAUCUCAAGGGUUUCGGUAGACGCGUACAAUACUCUUCAGCAGAUUCAGGACGACCCACCCAGUGCAGCGUAUGCUUUGCAUCAAGUCAAAGCUUUGCGAGCCAUGCUCGAUAUGGUCAAAAGCGGCCUCUCUCAAGCACAAUUACAGAAUAAAAUGGUUCUGUUAUUUCUGUACGGUACCGAAGUGCAGAUAUAUGAGCCUGCUCUAUUCGCAAUUGCGCAAACGGCAUCAAAUGAUACGCUAGAUUAUCAGCGAAUCGAGUAUCUUACCGCGUGCCUCCAAGCUUGCAAAGACUCACUGGAUAACUAUCUCGCCAUCCCGUCCAUUACCAUGAACAUGAUCCAGGUUUUGGCCUUUUCCAACUCGUGCCAAGUCCUCUACUCACUUUCCGUGUUAGAGUGUCCGGGCUGGGACCGAUAUACUGCACGCGCCACCGUCGACGUGCUAUGGUACUUUGACCGAGUUUGUGUGAAGUUUGAAGAAGCUCGUAGACAACUAGCAGAAGAGAGUGGCAGCCAAGAAAACGUAUUUGCACUUGCUGGUGGACACGAAGGACUGAAAUCUUUGUGCGCGAGUUGGAGAGAAAAUUUGGAGAGUGCGACAGGUGUUGGUAUGAACUUUACAGGAGAGCUAGGUGGAGUGGGAGAUGCGUGGAUGACGAAUGCAGAUAUGUGGUUUACAAAUGUUUGGGGGGAUACGCAGUUUUAGAUCAUACAAGCUGGAUCCUUUUGAUCUACAUUUGCAGCCAGUGAUCAUGGCUAGAUACUCGGAGCGGUG